AUUUAUAUAUAUUACAUUAUGUGAUAGUGAGAUAAAAGAGGUAGAAUUAGUAUAUUCUCAUCACUUCUUCUUCCACAUUCUAAUCCCAAUCCCUAAAUCAAAAAAAAAAAUAUUUAAAAAAAUGUGGAAACACUCGCCUCCAAAAACUAGUGUUCCACAGGAGGCGGGGCUGCGGUCGCCGCUUGUGGGGGAGGCGGAGAGGUUGUGCAUGGACGAUAUGCUAAAAAAGUAUUGCGGCGAAUUCGGGUGGUGGCAGCUGAGGCACUUUGUGCUGACGAGCAUGGCGUGGGCGCUGGAGGCGUUCCACACGAUGGUGGUGAUAUUCGCCGACCGCGAGCCGGCAUGGCGGUGCGUGGGCAGCGGGUGCGCGGUGGAGGCGACGAGCAUGUGUGGGAUGGAGGAUGGCACGUGGGAGUGGGUGGAGGGGCCCGGGAGCUCCACGGUCGCGGAGUUCGGCUUAGUCUGCGGCGACAAGUAUAAGGUGGGCUUGGUUCAAGCCUUGUUUUUCGCCGGCUGCAUGAUCGGUGCGGGCGUAUUCGGGCAUCUCUCCGACUCAAGGCUAGGAAGGAAAGGUUCCUUAGUAGUUGUCUGCAUACUGAAUGCCAUCUUCGGUUGCCUGACCGCCCUCUCCCCGACCUACCCCGUCUACGUGGCCCUCCGCCUCCUCACCGGCGUCAGCACGGGCGGGGUCGGCCUCUGCGCCUUCGUCCUCGCCACCGAGCCCGUGGGCCCCACCAAGCGGGGCGCGGCCGGUAUGUCCACCUUCUACUUCUUCUCGGGCGGGAUCGCCGCCCUCUCCGGCAUCGCCUACGCCUUCCGCUCGUGGCGGGCCCUCUAUAUCGCCACCUCCAUCCCCUCCAUCCUCUUCCUCGUCUUCGUCCUCCCCUUCGUCUCCGAGUCCCCACGCUGGCACCUCAUCCGCGGCGAGGUGGGCCCCGCCAUGCAGACCAUGCGCGCCAUUGCUCGGUCCAACGAUGGGGACCUUCCGGCCACCACCCUCCUCGCCUUGGACGAGGAGGUUAGUGGCCAUUCGCCCCGGAGCAUGUCCGCUAAGCAGGAGGCUGUCACUGGAUCCCUAGUGGACGUGCUCCGUUGCCCCCUGACACGCGUCCGCCUCUUCCUGGCGGCCGCGGUCAACUUCUUCUGCUCGGUCGUAUACUACGGGCUGAGCUUGAACGUGGUGAACCUCGGCACCAACCUCUACCUCAACGUGUUCCUCAACGCGGUGGCGGAGAUGCCGGCCUUCUUCCUCACGGCGGUGUUACUUGACAGGUACGGACGGAAGCCACUGAGCAUCGGGACACAGUGGUUCAGCGGCGCGUUCUGCCUGUUGGGGGGGCUGAUGAAGGGCUAUGGAGUGUGGAAAACGGUUAGGAUGGUGUGUGGGAUUCUUGGGAUAUUUGGGAUGGCGGGGACGUAUAAUUUGCUGUUUAUCUACACGGUGGAGCUGUUCCCGACGGUGGUGAGGAAUGCUGCGCUGGGAUGUGCGACUCAGGCAGCGCAGAUGGGGGCAAUAUUGGCGCCGUUCGUGGUGGUUAUGGGGGAGAGGGUGCCGUUUCUGGUGUUCGGAGCGUGUGGCAUGGCCGGAGGGAUGUUUGCGUUUUUGUUGCCGGAGACAUUGAACCGGCCGUUGUAUGAUACAAUGACCGGUAUGGAAGAGGGAGAAGGCGGAGGAGAUUUGUUGAGUUAGAGUUUUAAUUUUAGUAGUACUAGCAAAGACUAGGUAUGGUCGACUUGAUUACUCCUAUUUUAAAGUAUUCUUUUGAGAUUUUGUG